AGAAAACGAAAAAUAAAAGGAAAAAAUAAAUAAUCGGAAGCCUUCAGCCUGCUCUAGCUCGGAGGCCCUCCUCCCUUCUCCCCUCUCGCCGCGCACACUCGUCGUCCUCGUCGCUGACGCCGCGAUGCCGGAAGAUGUCGAGAUGAACGACUCCCAGACCCAGACGGCCGCCGCCGCCUCCUCCUCCUCCUCCGACCCUGCGGCACCCGUGGCAUCCACCCUCCACCAUCUGAAGGAGAUCGCUUCGGCGAUCGAGGCUGGGUCGCUGAGCAAGGAGGUCCGCCGUAUCUCACGCGCCGUCCGCCCGACCGUCGCCCUCUGCCGCCGCCUCACCGCUCGUGACGUCGCCGCCUUCCUCGCCUUCGCGCUGCCACCCUCCUCCGACGCCUUUGCCCGCCUCUCCGCCCUCGUGCCUAAGGAAGAUGGGAGUGAAAUGGAUGUCGAUACAUCGGCUCCAGCAACUCAAGUUUCCAUCAAGCAUGGCCUUCCAGAGAUUGAAAUUUACUGUUACUUGCUUGUGUUGAUUUUCCUCAUUGAUCAUAAGAAAUAUGACGAGGCUAAAGCAUGUGCCUCCGCAAGCAUUGCUCGUCUGAAGAAUCUCAACAGGAGAACAGUUGAUGUCUUAGCAUGUAGACUUUAUUCUUAUUACUCAUAUGUCCAUGAACUUACCAACACCCUUUCUGAAAUUCGUGGAAUUCUCUUGGCGUUGCACAGAAUGGCAACUUUGCAUCGUGAUGAGCUUGGUCAGGAAACUCUCCUCAAUCUGCUUCUUCGCAAUUACCUGCACUACAACUUGUACGACCAGGCAGAAAAACUUAGGUCAAAGGCACCACGCUUUGAAGCACAUUCCAAUCAACAGUUCUGCCGGUAUCUGUUCUACUUGGGCAAAAUUAGGACGAUUCAGUUGGAGUAUACUGAUGCUAAGGAAAGCCUCUUGCAAGCUGCUCGAAAGGCACCCACUACAGCCCAAGGAUUUCGGAUUCAGUGCAACAAAUGGGCUAUUAUAGUAAGGCUACUGUUAGGAGAAAUGCCAGAGAGAACUGUUUUCAUGCAGAAAGGAAUGAAGGUGGCUUUGACACCAUAUUUUGAGCUUACUAAUGCUGUUCGAGUUGGGGACCUGGAAUUAUUCAGAGCUGUUGCAGACAAAUUUUCGAGCACUUUCAGUGCAGACAGGACUUGCAAUUUGAUAGUGAGGCUGCGUCACAAUGUCAUCCGGACUGGAUUGCGUAACAUCAGCAUCUCGUAUUCAAGGAUUUCCCUCACUGAUAUUGCCAAGAAGCUGAGGUUGGACUCCGUGAACCCUGUUGCUGAUGCUGAAAGCAUUGUUGCCAAGGCCAUCAGGGAUGGAGCAAUUGAUGCCACCAUUGAUCAUGCCAAUGGUUGGAUGGUGUCAAAGGAGACCGGUGAUGUCUACUCAACAAAUGAGCCACAGAUAGCUUUCAACUCCAGGAUCGCGUUUUGCCUGAACAUGCACAACGAGGCUGUCAAGGCACUGAGAUUCCCUCCGAAUUCUCACAAGGAAAAGGAGAGUGCUGAGAAGAGGCGCGAGAGGCUCCAGCAGGAGGAAGAACUGGCAAAGCACAUGGCUGAGGAAGAUGACGAUGACUUCUAGACUGGUGGAUCCUUUCGAUCCUUUUUGAAGAGAACUUCUGCUUCAAGGAUUCAUUUUGAAGAGAACUCACUGGUUCAGUUGAUUAAAGUGCCACAAGAACUCUGGUUCACCAGCUCUACUUGAAGGGACGUUUCAAAUUUAAAAUCGUUCACUGUGAUUAUGUUAGUAAUUUUUUAUCGCUACAAAUGGCUUAGCAAGCACAUUAUUUUCCUGGAACUGUAUCCAACGAAGUGAAGGCAUCGCUGUACUGUACUGCACUUUUUGUUUCCUUUCCCGUCCCUGGAAAUUAGCAGUUGAUUUCUGGACAGUGAAAAGUUCAGUGUAUUAAUUUCAUUUAUUUA